GAGAGAUUCCAUUCAACGCGGCAAGGCACAGAGGUCAACCGAACAGCAACAGGAGUACUCCUACCAUAAUCAUGGCCAACAACACCGCGCUGACGACGCAGGAUUCCGGAAUCCUGGCACGGUUCCUUAACGACCUCGCGGCAUCGCACCCGCGGCGCGACCGCGCCACCUCCACCACGCAGCCCGCGCACCAACGCCGGCCCAAUAAAUCCCCUGCGCUCCGCGCCCGCCGGCACGCAACCCUAGCCUCCCUCCCCUCCGCCGCCGCCGCCGCCGCCAUGGUGAGCGCCGAGGUCGGCAUCGACUACGUGCUGUGGACGGAGGCCGAGGUGUCCGCCCGCGUGGGCGAGGUCGCCGCCGAGCUCGCGGCCGACCUGCGCGCGCAGCCGGAGCCCGCCGUCGUCGUGGGCGUCGCCACGGGCGCGUUCCUCUUCCUCGCCGACCUCGUCCGCCGCGUCGACGUGCGGCUCGCGGUCGACUUCGUGCGCGUCGAGUCCUACGGGGCCGGCACAGAGUCCAGCGGCAAGCCACGUAUCACGUCCGACCUCAAGGUCGACGUGGCCGGCAAACACGUCGUCGUGGUUGAAGAUAUUGUGGACACAGGGAAUACUCUGUCCUGUCUCAUUGCUCAUUUGGAGAAGAAAGGUGCAUCAUCCAUAUCGGUUUGUACUUUCCUUGACAAACCAGCAAGAAGGAAAGUCAGUGUUCAGUUAGUGGGGGAUGGAAAAUUCUACCGAGGCUUUGAGUGCCCAGACUACUUUGUUGUUGGCUACGGUUUGGAUUAUGCGGAGCUCUACCGUAACCUGCCUUAUGUCGGAGUUCUCAAGCCCGAGAUGUACAAAAAGGAUUCAAGCAAUUAGAUCUGAUGUUGUACUUGCACCACGCGCGAGAGAUCAAAGUUACAAAUGAUACAAAGAUCUCAGUUACAAAUGAUACAGAGAUCUAGUUUGCUUAAUAACUUUGUAAAAGGAAAAUGCAGAAAUACGGCUAGUUUUACCCUUUUCUUCUGUUGAGGAAAACUGCAGUUUUCCAAGUUUCAGUAGCAUAACAUUGUUUGCCAUUGUUUGUCACCAAACAGCACCCCUGAAGGGAAAGAUGUUGUUGCAUGUGACAUGUUACAUUUUCAGUUUACAGGCUGAACAGCUUAUCUCAUAGUGAGAUGUGUCCUUGAAGUUACAUUACAUCUGGGAGAUUUCUUUGUGGUUAUCUUAAUUCCCUUGAA